GAUUAAAUGUUUCCAGCACUGCAUGCCAUAGAUUACUUCAUGGCGAAUCACGAUUCAUAACAAUAACGACUUAUUCUCGACAAAUUUUUUAAAGUACUUGGAAAGCAGUUUGUGUAUGUUUGACGAAUUAAUAACUAACAAUGAUUAAUAAUGAGCAUAAUUCGCAAGAAUAACAUUUCAUUAAAUCGGUUAUACAGUUGAACGAAAUACAGGUUUCCAAGAUGAAAUGUCAGAGAUGUGCCUAACUGACUUUCAGAGCUAUACAUAUAACGAUCAAUAACACCUGAUUAAUUUUUUAAUAAAUGACUGAUAGAAUGGCUAGUAGAGAAACAUCAAUUAAUUCGAAAAACUCGGAUGACCACAGUGUCGAGACAUUGGCAGAAGUCUUCAGAUGUUUCAUUUGUAUGGAAAAAUUGACAGAUGCACAUCUUUGUCCCCACUGCAGUAAAUUGUGUUGCUAUACAUGUAUAAGGAAAUGGUUGACAGAACAACGCUCGCAAUGUCCUCAUUGUAGAGCUUCCUUGCUUUUACAUGAAUUAGUUAAUUGUAGAUGGGUUGAAGAAGUAACGCAACAACUGGAUACACUUCAAGCUGUUGGUAUUUCAAAUUUCAGGCAUGAUGAUUCUAAUAGAGACAGGUGCACCGUGCACUGUGAGAAGUUGUCUGUUUAUUGUUGGACUUGUCGUAGAUGUAUAUGUCAUCAAUGUGCUCUUUGGGGCGGCACUCAUUCAGGACACACUUUUAAACCGUUAGAAGAAGUUUAUGAACAACAUGUUACACAAAUAAGAGCAGAAAUAGGUCAAAUACAGAGAAGAUUAGUAGAAUUGAUAAGUCUUGUUCAAGAAGUGGAACGAAAUGUUGAAUCUGUAAGGGCUGCAAAAGAUGAAAGAGUCAGAGAAAUUAGAAAUGCAGUUGAAUUGAUGAUAGCGCGUCUAGAUUCUCAGUUAAAAGCUAAAUUGUUAACAUUAAUGGGUCAAAAAAAUUCUUUAACACUAGAGACAGAACAACUGGAGGCUUUGUUGCAAGAAGUAGAACAUCAAUUGCACACUUGUACUCGUUCCGAACUUAUAAUCAAAAGUGCGGACCUUUCGCGAAUGAUACAUCAAGUACGAAAGAAACCGAUGACGAGUUUUGUUACUGCUCCUGUUCCAGCAGAUUUUCACAGUGAAAUCGUUCCGGGCUACGACAGUGCUACGUUCGCAAUGCAAAACUUUACACAAUUGCAAUUAAAAGCAGAUCCAGUAUAUUCUGCACCAUUACAUGUUAAUGGGUUAUGCUGGAGGUUAAAAGUGUAUCCUGAUGGAAACGGUGUUGUACGCGGAAAUUAUUUAUCUGUUUUUCUAGAACUAAGCGCGGGUUUACCAGAAACAUCGAAGUAUGAAUAUCGAGUUGAAAUGAUUCAUCAAGGAUCUCGCGAUACAAGUAAAAAUAUCGUUCGAGAAUUUGCUUCUGAUUUCGAAAUUGGUGAAUGCUGGGGUUAUAAUAGAUUUUUCAGAUUAGAUUUACUCGCAACUGAAGGGUAUUUAAAUACCGAAUUGGAUACUCUUAUAUUACGAUUUCAAGUACGUCCACCAACGUUCUAUCAGCGUUGCAGAGAUCAACAAUGGUAUAUCAGUCAAUUACUUACAGUCCAGAAUCAAUAUGCCACUCAAAUUAAUGAAUUAAAAGAGAGAUUGGCAAUUGAGAUAUCCCGAAAUGCUAUGGCUGCAACCAGAGUACCUAGUGGUGCAACAUUAUGUGGGUCAACAUCAAAUGUAACAUCCAUGAUAAUGCAGCAACAAUCACAAGCUGCUGGUGAUGCAUUACUUAAUACCAAUUCUACACGUUCAGCUGAAACAUAUCAAAAUGGCACAUCUACAAGAUCAGUACAAAAUGUUCUUCUUGGUGGAACUAAUGGUGGUGUUCUAUCAGAUCAAUUAAUGCCGAUGUGUGAAUUAGGAGAACCUUCAAAUAUGCGCCCUCUUGGUUCUUCCUCAACAUUAUCUUCUAUUUCGUCCAAAACAAGCUUAAAACAACAUAGAAUAAAUAAUCUAAGCGUCGUUGAAGCUGAACCGCCCAGUAUACAUAGUACAAACGAUAGUUCUGUAGGAGAUUGCCCAGCUAUAAGUACUCACUCUCCCCCUCCCUCAUAUUCUUCGCCGACAGUACUUAAUCAACAACAAUUAAAUCUUCUGUCUAGUAGCAGCAGCAGUGAUAGUGGAGAAUUAAGUGAACACGAUAUAUAUUUAGACGAAUGCGAACAUAACGAACCACAUAUAACUCUUCUGGAUGACAACUCUAAUGAUGAAAAUGAUGUAGAUGAUGAAACAAUGUCAGGAGAAAACGAUGUAGAAGUUGCAGAAUCAUUAUCACCAUGGAUUCAGAAUAAGCAACGUACAAAACAACAGAGUGACCGAUGUGGUACAGGUGAUAUUCGAAUGUUAGGCGGCUGCCCUAGUUUGGAAGAUGAGAUUAUGUUACAUUCAUUCAAAAUGCAAGAUCGAAAUUCUGCUUGGACUUCACUGUGCUUUAAUCAACGUGUAGAUGAUACUUGUGAUUCAAGAACGACUUUAACAACUUUACAACGUCAUAAUUCCAAUCCUUUGCAACCAGAACAUGACUCAACAUGUAACGAACAAUUUGCUGAAAAACAUUCUACGUGCCCUUCGCAUCUUUGCCAGCCUCAAAUAAUAUGUCACAAUAAUAGACUAAAAUUAAGUCAAUUACCUAGUAUCUAUAAGCAAGAAGUUUCUGGAUUAAUUGCUUGCGGAAGCCAGACACGAUCUGAACCCGCAACUCGCUCAAAUUCGAUAGACUGUGAGAAAGAACUUCCAAAGAUAUCUAUGGUUAAUAAAAUUAAUCACGAGGUAGAAACAUCCAGAUCUGAUUUGAUAGUGCCAAAUGUAGCAUUGGAUAGCAAUAAAAUUGUAUCGAAGCAUUUAUUAUCGCGACGACAAUCUUCACCAUCAUCAUCCACUAACGUUAGUAUUAUAAAUAACGAAAAUAAUAAACUAUUUGAAUUCGAACAAUUGCUGGAGACUAUUCAAUUGUCUCCAAUAUUUCAAAAGGACACUGCCAGUUGUUUCAAUAAAUUAAGGAAAAAUCUUCCAUUAGAGGGAAAAUCCAAUGGUUGUGCCACUGCCACUAUUAAAUCUACUACACUUUCAUUAGUGCACGAUGUUCCAUUAUCAUCUACAAGCAAUACAGCUACAGAUGCUAUACCGAGUCCCAACAGUUACAGCUGGGCACCAGUGUUAUAUCAACAUAAACAUAGUCAAAAAAAUGGUUUAGAGGCUACUAUGCAAGCAUCUUCUAAUGAUACUGCCAACAAAUGCACUGCGGAAAAAUCGUUAGAAGAAAAUAACUCGUGAAAUUCACUUUCAAUUGCAUCUGUCAUUUAAUGUUACAAAUGUUCUGUGAUUUUUUUUAUUUAUCUAACUGUAAUGUUAAUUAAUAUUAUUAAAAGUGAUGAAAAAAAUAGUAAGAACAGUAAGAAUUGGAGAUCUAUUCGAUUGUUUUGACAUGGUAAAUAAUACUUAUUAAAAUUAGUAUUUUGCAGCAGGUACUGUAUUAAAAAAUGUAAAAUAUUGAUAUUACGAUUAUGUAAUAGUAUAUAAUUCUCGCUUUGAGAUAAUUUCUUUAAAUCUUACUCGGGUUACUAGUAAUAUAAAACCAAUUUUUUUCAGCUUAAAAAGUAUAUAUAAAAAGGUAUAUUAUGUAUAUAAAAUAUAUUCGAAUUUAAGUAAACUUAGACUCGAAUAUUAAUAUAUUAUGUAGUAUCAAAAUACUCAAUACGUUUAUUUCUGCAGAUGGUUAUGGUUUUACAAGUAUGAGAAAAAAUUUUGUAUUAUUUUUAUGUGAUUGCUUGUGAAUAUACAUAAAGCGAGCACAGCCCAUGACAGUAAAAUAAAAUAAAGAGUAUAACUAAAUACA